AUGUACGCCGUGGGGAACAUCUAUGUGAUUGCGGCCGUCUCCGUGAUUGGAGGCGGCCUGUUUGGCUUUGAUAUCUCGUCCAUGUCGGCCAUUCUCGGCACGACGGCAUACAAGUGCUAUUUCAACCAGGGCCCCGAGGGCCCUCCCUUCAAUGAUUCCGAGUACUGCUCGGGAUUGAGCUCCCUCCAUCAAGGUGGUGUCACCGCCGCCAUGCCCGCCGGUUCCUGGCUGGGUGCGUUGAUCUCUGGCUUCGUUUCCGAUCGUCUGGGACGAAAGUACUCUAUUAUGGUGGGAUGUAUCAUCUGGAUGAUCGGUUCCGCUAUUAUCUGCGCGUCUCAAAAUGUCGGCAUGCUGGCCGCGGGCCGUGUGAUCAACGGUCUCUCCGUCGGAAUUGAAUCUGCCCAGGUGCCAGUCUACAUCUCCGAGCUCGCCCCGCCUCAUCUGCGCGGCCGUCUGGUCGGAUCUCAGCAAUGGGCCAUCACCUGGGGUAUUUUGAUCAUGUACUAUAUCUCCUUUGGCUGCUCCUACAUUGGGGGUGACACCGCCACCAACUACAGCACCUCUGUCUUCCGCAUUCCCUGGGGCGUGCAGAUGGUGCCCGCCAUCCUUCUCUUCCUCGGCAUGAUAUUCCUCCCCGAGUCUCCGCGCUGGCUGGCCCGCAAGGAUCGGUGGGAGGAAUGCAAAAACGUCUUGACGCUCGUUCACGGCAAGGGCGAUCCCAACAGCCCCCUGGUGCAGAAUGAAAUGCAUGAGAUUGGUGAGAUGUGCGAGUUUGAGCGUCGCAACGCGGACGUCACCUACUUUGAGCUCUUCAAGCCCACGAUGAUCCACCGGACCUUUAUCGGCAUCUGGACGCAGAUCUGGUCGCAAUUGACCGGUAUGAACGUGAUGAUGUACUAUAUCACCUACGUGUUCAGCAUGGCUGGCUACUCGGGGAACGCCAAUUUGCUCGCCUCCUCAAUUCAGUACAUCAUCAACGUGGUGAUGACCGUCCCCGCUCUGAUCUGGGUGGACCGAUGGGGUCGUCGUCCGACGCUCCUGAUCGGUGCUGGCCUGAUGAUGAUCUGGAUGUACGCCAAUGCCGGCAUCAUGGCCAGCUACGGUACGCCCGUCCCCGGUGGAAUCAAUGGUGUUCCGGAAGAGUCCAUGCGUCUCUCGGGGGCCUCCGCCAAGGGUCUGAUUGCCUGUACAUACCUGUUCGUCGCCUCCUACGCCCCCACCUGGGGUCCCGUCUCGUGGGUGUACCCCCCGGAGCUGUACCCCCUGCGUGUCCGGGGUAAGGCUGUGGCCAUGGCCACCUCUGCUAACUGGGCCUUCAACACCGCGCUGGGACUGUUCGUCCCAGUGGCCUUUGCCAAUAUCCGGUGGGAGACGUACAUCAUCUUCGGUGUCUUCUUGACCGCGAUGUGGCUCCAUGUCUUCUUCCUGUUCCCCGAGACUGCCGGUAAGACCUUGGAGGAAACCACCCAGAUCUUUGAGGAUCCCCACGGCAUCCCAUACAUUGGCACCCCCGCUUGGAAGACUCGGGUUGGCUCUCGGUCGCUGGCGACCUCUCGCGGGGACAUUGAGGGACUGGGUGAGAACAAGUCCGCGGUGGCGCAUGACGAGUCUGCUUCUGCGGCUUCUUCGUAG